AGGGUCGGCAGUUGGCUCAGCACUCAGAGAAGAAAAUCCGUUGUUGUGGAGAGGAAGAAAGGCUGAAGAAAUCCGAGGAACGCAAAACGGACAAACCACGAGCGUCAACCCCCAUUAUUUUGCGGGUCGUUUUUCCUCCAACUUGUUUUUUCGCGUUUUUUGUAGCUAAAAUGGCUUGUGGAGCAACGUUAAAGCGGUCGAUGGAGUUCGAGGCCCUCCUCAGUCCCCAGUCUCCCAAGCGGAGAAGGUGCAAUCCACUACCGGGGACUCCCAGCACUCCGUCCCCGCAAAGAUGCAACCUCCGUCCCCCAGUCGACAGCCCAACGCAUUCGAUGUCCCCUCAGUCGAUCGGAGGCGAACACAGGCUCACUCCAGAGCAGAUCUUCCAGAACCUCCGUCAGGAGUACAGCAAGAUCCAGAGGCGGCGGCAGCUGGAAGGGGCCUUCAACCAGACUGAGGCCUGUAGCUCCAGUGAUGCCCCCAGCCCCAGUUCCUCCCUCAACGCUCCCAGCUCCCCACCAGGUGCCUCGAGGAAGGACCAGCCGUCGUUUACACUGAAGCAGGUGAGUUACCUGUGCGAGCGGCUGCUUAAAGACCACGAGGAGAAGAUCCGGGAGGAGUACGAACAGAUCCUUAACACAAAACUCGCAGAACAAUAUGAAUCUUUUGUGAAAUUCACACAAGACCAGAUCAUGCGAAGAUACGGCGCCCGGCCUGCUAGUUAUGUCUCCUGAACUCACACGAUGAGACCUCCCCUCCCCCCGGCUUCCUCUCACAAGAUGGCUGCUCUUCUACUGCCCCGUUCCUCUUGAUUUUCAAUUUAUUUACCAUUUUUUUUCUCCCCUCCCUCUCCAUCUUAAAAUGUUUGGGUGCCAUGGUUUAUCCUCCUUUUUAAUCCAAAACUUGAUUUCUUACUUCGAAACUAUUGCUGCUGGCCAAAAGUCAGGAGAAUCUGAAAGAUAAACAAUGAAUGAAGCCCAACCCUUGUUUCUUUUUUCUCUUUUUUUGCCCUUUUCCUUGUUGAUAUACUCUUGCUGGAAAUCCUGACUUAAGCAGAUCUGUGUCAAAUCUCUUGCCGGCGCUGUAGAAAAAGCUUAUUGGCUCAUGUGAUCAUCCUGUAUAACCUUUCCAGCAGCUGUAUUUAAAGGCUCCUGCUUCUCACGUUGUCCCACUUCUCCCUCCCUCCCUCGUCUCUCCUCCCUCCUCCCUCCUCACAGCUCUUUACCUGAGAAUGUGGAUUUUUCUCCCUUUUGAAAAAAAUAAAAGUUCUGUGAUUAAAAUCUC